UUCAUGUGGCGUUCAAUUCCAUCCUGUAAGUCAUAAUUUCGGGUUUACUUUUCACCGUUGCCAUGGAUCCCCUGUUGCUCCGCCUUCGGCGAUGACGUAGCGCGGUGGGACCGUCAGUCACGUCGGCAUGAGAAGGAACACAACAGCUUCUUUGAUUUGUGACAACAAGAACAAAAGCUUGCUGGAGCACUUCUCGUUCGGCCGCUCUGGCGGCACGAUGAUCCGACUCGCCUGUCGUGACGUUUCCAUGUGCGGCUGAAGAGAACCAGGAGGAAAGCUAACCUUGAUAGCCUGUAGCUAACUGCUACGUCCGUUCCCUGAGUUAAUGAAAGUGAACACCAAAUUGCCUCCUGUUUUUCUCAUGGGGAAUUGGUCAUAGGACGAAACUAAGGCAGAGCAUCAUGACGCAAAACAUGGAUCUGUGCAUGGUUUCCCUCAGCGUCGAGGGCAUGACAUGCAACUCCUGCGUGCAGUCCAUAGAGCAGCGCAUCGGCUCGCUUCAGGGUGUAAUCCAUAUCAAGGUGUCUUUAGAACAGAAGAAUGCAACGGUUGUAUUUGAUCGUGCCACACAUAGUCCAUCGACCUUGUCGGAGGCCAUUGAAGACAUGGGCUUUGAGUCCAGUCUGUCGGACUGUGGUCCAGUUACACCUGUCUCUACAGACACUCAGCUGAUUCCCACCUCAGGUCUAACAGCGGCGGCUCAAGAGGAAGCUGUCGAGAGACUUUCCAAAACGCAGGGAGUUGUGGAGGCAAGACAAAUCCCAGACCAGGUUGGGAUUAUGGUCACAUUUGUCUCAUCUUUGACGUCCUUGCUGGAGCUCACUGAAGCCGUGGGCAGCGGGACACAUUUGGAGGCACCUGUGUCUCCGUCUCACCAAACAAGAAGUGGGGUCACACUCGUGAAGAUGUCCAUUGAAGGAAUGACCUGUCACUCCUGCAUCACUACCAUUGAAGGAAAGAUAGGAAAACUAAAAGGAAUUGAGAAGAUCAAAGUUGUCCUCGACUCUCAGGAAGCAACCAUCGUGUACCUGCCUUACCUCAUCACUGUCCAGACCAUCAUCGAUCAAAUCGCUGUCGCCGGUUUCAAGGCUGCGGUCAAGUCCAAACCCCGCCCCCUGCAACUGUCUCCGAGUGAGAUUGAGCGACUUGCCGAUUCUCACAAAACAACAUCUUCGCCGUCAGAGACUUCAGAGGAGACUGAAAUAUUAAUUGACUCAACUCUUGUCGCGCUCAGUGUAAAGGGGAUGCAUUGUCGUUCCUGUGUGGUCAACAUUCAGGACAACAUCUCCACGUUGCCCGGUGUAUCCUCUGUUGAAGUCUCACUGGAGAAAGAGAAGGCCACUGUCUGUUACGACCCCGAAAAGGUCACAUUGGCGCAGCUGCAGCAGGCCAUUGAAGCUCUGCCUCCCGGGAACUUUAAGACUGAGCUGUGGGACUCUGCUUCCUCGCCACCUUUGAUUGCCUUACCAACUUUUGGAACCCUCCAUGCCAAACCAGCGCCUUCACAGCCAAGUGUCAGUCAGCCACUGGCAUCUUCAGUUAAAAUACACAUCGAGGGGAUGACGUGUAAUUCAUGUGUUCAGAGCAUCGAGGGGAUGAUCUCUCAAAGGAAGGGUGUGGUCUCAGCGCGUGUGUCUUUGUCUGAUCAUGAGGGGGUGUUUGAGUUUGACCCCCUCCUGACCUCAGAAGAGGAGCUGAGAGAGGCUAUAGAGGACAUGGGCUUUGAUGCGUACCUGCCUGAGACCAAUUCUCUGCUGCCCAAAUCUGAUCCCAGUAUCUCCAAGUCCUCAAGUCCCGUGCCUGUUAAAGACAAAGACUUCAGCGAGUUGACAAAUGACACGGAAAUCAAACGGUCAAAGUGCUUCAUUCAGAUCGGAGGCAUGACCUGUGCGUCCUGCGUCGCAAAUAUUGAACGUAACCUCAAAAAUGAACCAGGCAUCUUUUCAGUUCUGGUGGCACUCAUGGCUAGUAAAGCAGAGGUGCGUUACAAUGCUGAAAUUAUUGACCCGAUGAAGAUCGCAGAGUGUGUGAGGGAGCUUGGUUUCACUGCCUCCGUGAUGGAAAACUAUGAAGGCUCGGAUGGAAAUUUGGAACUUGUGAUCCGAGGGAUGACGUGUGCCUCUUGUGUGCACAAAAUUGAAUCCAACCUCAUGAAAGAGAAGGGCAUUAUCUACGCUUCUGUUGCCCUAGCAACCAACAAAGCACACGUGAAGUACGACAGCGAAAUUAUGGGGCCGAGAGACAUCAUCAAGCUGAUUGAGAAUCUGGGAUUUGAACCUUCUUUGGUGAAGAGGGAUCGCACAGCCAGUCAUCUGGACCACAGCAAAGAGAUCAGACAGUGGAGGAAGUCUUUCUUGGUUAGCUUGGUUUUCUGCGUACCUGUGAUGGGGAUGAUGAUUUACAUGAUCAUCGUGGAUCACCAGAUGGUUUCGCACAAGCACAACACCUCGGCAGAAGAUCGCAAUCAUUACCACUCCACCAUGUUCCUGGAGAGACAGCUGCUCCCAGGCCUGUCGAUCAUGAACCUGCUGUCUUUCAUCUUUUGCAUCCCUGUACAGUUCAUCGGAGGACGCUACUUCUACGUCCAAGCCUACAAAGCUCUGAAACACAAGUCUGCCAAUAUGGAUGUGCUAAUAGUCCUAGCCACCUCAAUAGCAUUCACUUACUCAUUCGUGGUGCUCAUAGUUGCUGGGGUGGAGAAGGCCAAAAUCAACCCCAUUACCUUUUUUGACACCCCACCCAUGCUCUUUGUCUUCAUCUCUUUGGGGCGCUGGUUAGAGCAGAUUGCCAAGAGUAAAACAUCUGAAGCUUUGUCGAAGUUGAUGUCUCUUCAAGCUACCGAGGCCACUGUCGUCAUCCUGGGGAGUGACAAAUCUGUCCUCAGUGAGGAACAGGUGGAUGUUGAACUGGUGCAGAGAGGCGACGUGGUUAAGGUCGUGCCUGGCGGGAAGUUUCCGGUGGACGGCAGAGUGAUCGAGGGCCAUUCCAUGGCAGACGAGUCUCUCAUCACCGGCGAGGCCAUGCCAGUGACCAAGAAGCCUGGUAGUUUUGUGAUCGCAGGGUCGAUCAACCAGAACGGCUCCCUGCUGGUCAGCGCCACUCACGUGGGCAUGGACACCACGCUGUCUCAGAUCGUCAAGCUGGUGGAAGAGGCUCAGACUUCAAAGGCUCCCAUCCAGCAGUACGCCGACAAGAUCAGUGGCUACUUCGUCCCCUUCAUCGUUGGUAUUUCUCUCCUCACUCUCAUUGCCUGGAUCAUUAUUGGAUUCCAAGAUUUCUCGCUGGUGGAAACCUACUUUCCUGGUUACGACAAGAGCAUUUCUCAGACGGAGGCGGUGGUCCGUUUCGCCUUCCAAGCUUCGAUCACAGUCUUGUGUAUCGCUUGUCCCUGCUCCCUUGGCUUAGCCACCCCCACUGCUGUGAUGGUGGGCACCGGGGUUGGUGCGCAAAAUGGCAUCUUGAUAAAAGGCGGGGAACCACUCGAGAUGGCACAUAAGGUGCAGUCAGUGGUGUUCGAUAAGACGGGCACCAUCACGUACGGCGCACCAAAAGUCAUUCAGGUGAAGAUUGUUGUGGAGGGGAACAAGAUGCCCCGCUCCCGCCUGCUGGCCAUCGUAGGGACGGCAGAGAACAGCAGCGAGCACCCGCUGGGAGCUGCCAUCACCAAGUACUGCAAACAGGAGCUCAGCACUGAAUCCCUCGGCACCUGCACGGACUUCCAGGCCGUACCAGGCUGUGGCAUCAAGUGUCAGGUGAGCAACACCGAGACGCUGCUGAAGCAAGCGGACAGUGACAGCGAGGACAGCAACCAGCGCAACAGCGUCCUGGUCCAGAUCAGCGACCCCCGGACGUCCACCAGCUCUCACCCGCUCAUCAUGGACCCCCAGCCUCUCAGUUCAGUCCAGACGGCUUCUUACGUCGUUCUUAUCGGCAAUCGAGAGUGGAUGAAGAGGAACUGUCUGCAGAUCAGACCCGAGAUAGAUGAAGCCAUGACUGAGCAUGAGCGCAGGGGGCGCACUGCUGUUCUAGUCGCGGUGGAUAAUCUGUUGUGUGCCAUGAUUGCAAUCGCAGACACAGUGAAACCGGAAGCCGAGCUGGCCGUCCACACCCUGACGGACAUGGGGCUGGAGGUGGUGUUGAUGACCGGUGACAACAGCAAGACGGCCCGGGCCAUCGCUGCGCAGGUGGGGAUCAGGAAGGUGUUCGCCGAGGUGCUGCCGUCACACAAGGUGGCCAAGGUGGAGCAGCUGCAGCAGGCGGGGAAGAGGGUGGCCAUGGUGGGCGACGGCGUCAACGACUCGCCCGCUCUGGCCAUGGCCGACGUCGGCAUCGCCAUAGGAACCGGCACAGAUGUUGCCAUCGAGGCGGCGGAUGUGGUGUUGAUCAGGAACGACCUGCUGGACGUGGUGGGCAGCAUCGAUCUGUCUAAGAAGACGGUCCGGAGGAUCAGGAUUAAUUUCGUCUUUGCGCUCAUCUACAACCUGAUUGGUAUUCCCAUCGCCGCAGGCGUGUUCAUGCCCGUGGGCCUGGUUCUGCAGCCCUGGAUGGGCUCUGCUGCGAUGGCCUUGUCCUCUGUCUCCGUGGUUUUGUCCUCACUACUGCUGAAAUGUUACGCUAAACCCAGUGCGGAGAAGCUGGAGUCCCGACUGAGCAGCAGCAGGCGGCAGAGCAGCCUGUCUGAGGUCAGCGUCCACAUCGGCAUGGGAGACCUCCGUCGCCCGUCCCCCAAACUCAGCCUCCUCGACCGCAUCGUCAACUACAGCCGCGCCUCCAUCAACUCCCUGCGAUCGGACAAGCACUCCCUCAACAGCUUGGUGCUCAGCGAGCCGGACAAACAUUCGCUGCUGGUCGGGGAGGCGGCGUGCGAGGAGGAGUUCUGCUGAAGUCGGCUGUAUGGGUCACUUAAAAUAAUGGCCUCGCCAUCUGCUGACGGCGCCCUCGGGCCAGGAUGUGUCGGAGAAAGCGCUCUUCUUCUUUUAGCUCAACCAGCGUGCACUUCAGUGCUGGGUCACUUCCCCUCCGUCAGUGCUUCUUUUGUGGAGGUCGCAGCCCUCAGGCGCCCUCUUCUGUCCAGCUCUGUUACACUUGCCUCAGUGAUGGGCCUCUGUGUCAAUCUGUCAGUACAAUCACCCAUCCAAAGACAUUUUAAAAUUUUAACUCCACUGCUUGUAUUCUGAUGCUGAUUAUUUAUAUAUAUAUAUAUAUUUUUCCUAUUUAUCUGGUUUUCUUGAUGUGAAGAGUUUCUGAAUCCAAAAACACUUUCAAGUCUGGAAUGUUGAGUUACCCAAGUGCCCGACGAAACUGCACAUUCCAAAGAUAGCGCUGCUCCGACCUGAGGUGAACCUGAAGUUUGAAGUCAAAGGUCGCGAACAGUCGCGCUGGCUUGAGAGUUGCUGACUGUGGCUGUACAAAAAAAAGUGUUUGAGCUUUUAUAUUCCAGUGAAGUAAAGACAUUGUUACCGAUUCUGUUGUUUGCUGAGGUCAAACCUGGUUCUGGACAAGCUUCUGCCUUGGAGCAAGUGUCAAACAUUUGUCGCCGUGCUUCAAAGAAUGUCUUGUCUUCACGCCUCACAUGUGUUGUGCAAUCAUCUAAUGUGCAUUUAAAACCAAAAGUGUCAAUGUAGCGUUUCAUGCGCUUGGAAUCAUGACUGAACCUUGAAACCCAGCCAAGCUGAUUAAUACCUCAGAAUGAAUAUGGAACAUGUUUGUGACUAUUUCUCUUCAUUCUAGGUCCUGGUAGUCAAGGUUCACCACGAGUCAUGUCCUACGUGUGCAACUUCAAAUUCUGCUCCACGUGCUUUGAAAAUAAAAUGCCUUUUUGUA